AUGGUUGGAGAGGUUUUUCUCUCUGCUUUCCUUCAAGUGCUGUUUGACAGAAUGGCUUCCCACAAGUUCAUAGACUUACAACUAACAGAACAGAAGUUUGAUGACCUGCUGGAAAAGCUGAAGAUCACAUUGUUGACUGUCACUGCAUUGCUUAAUAAUGCUGAGGAGAAGCAAUUCCAUAGCCCUCCAGUGGAGAAGUGGCUGCACAUGGCUAGAGAUGCUCUUUAUGAUGCAGAGGACAUAUUGGAUGAGCUUGCUACUGAAACUCUGAGAUGCAAGCUGGAAGCUGAAUCUAAUCAGAUUCUUCUGACACUUAAUAGUUGUAGAAAUUGUAGUUCUCUACCACCACUUGGGCAACUACCCUCUCUCAAAAACCUCACAGUUGAAGGAAUGGAUAGAAUAAAAAUAAUAGGGAUUGAGUUCUGCGGGGAUGGGUGUUCUUCUGCUAUGCCUUUUCCAUCCUUGGAGACUUUAGAGUUUGAUAGCAUGUUACAAUGGGAGGAGUGGUCUUCUUCUGGAGUUGAAGGGAGGGAUAUUGAGAUUCACAACUAUCCUAAGCUAACAAAAUUGCCUCACCACUUUCCUGGAUUGAAAAAGUUCCAUCUGCAUGCAUUUGUGUAG